AGAGCGGAGCUGUCAAUCAGCUGCUGCAGUAGUGUUCAGAGAGACCGGUCCUGAGGCAAACGCUUGGAAGAUGGCUUCAGCUACAGAUCCACGCUUUGGACAGAAAGAGUCUGCAGAUCAGAACUUUGAUUAUAUGUUCAAGAUCCUGAUCAUUGGGAACAGCAGUGUCGGUAAAACGUCAUUCCUGUUUCGGUAUGCCGAUGAUUCCUUCACUCCAGCGUUCGUCAGCACUGUUGGGAUUGACUUCAAAGUGAAGACUAUUUACAGGAAUGAAAAGAGGAUUAAGCUGCAGAUCUGGGACACGGCUGGUCAGGAACGAUACAGGACCAUCACCACAGCUUAUUACCGUGGUGCAAUGGGCUUUAUCUUGAUGUAUGACAUAACUAACGAAGAAUCCUUCAAUGCUGUCCAGGACUGGUCAACCCAAAUUAAGACCUACUCAUGGGACAAUGCUCAGGUCUUACUGGUUGGAAACAAGUGCGAUAUGGAGGAUGAGCGGGUAGUUUUAGCCGAGGGAGGGAAGCAGUUGGCCGAUCACCUGGGGUUUGAGUUCUUUGAAGCCAGUGCCAAGGACAACAUCAACGUCAAGCAAACAUUUGAGCGCCUGGUGGACAUCAUCUGUGAAAAGAUGUCCGAGAGCUUAGACACAGCAGACCCCGCAGUGACUGGGACCAAGCAGGGGACACAGCUGAAUGAGCAUCCAGCACCCCCUCACCAGGACUGCGGCUGUUAA